UAUAAGGACGAAAAUGAAGUUUACCCUCCUUCCUAUUAAAAGCGAAAAAGCCCUCUCAGACUCUCCCAAGGUCCGGCGACCGUAACUCGGGCUUCGUGUCUGAUCUCGCUACUGUGUUCCUCAAUAUUGGCUAAACCCUCGAAGCAUCCCACUCCUCUCCCUCAUCCUCCUCCACUCCAAAGUGGAACCACAUUCUUGCGCGACCUAAACGAUGCCACUUAAUUAAUUACAUAUAUCUACCUAUCUGUGCAGGCAUAAGGACAGGAAGAUCAGUGACAUUACGAAAAUAGAGUGAGUGGAAAUGAGGAUAGUGGGAUUGACAGGCGGAAUCUCGUCGGGAAAGAGUACUGUCUCUAAUCUUUUCAAGUCCCAUGACAUUCCUGUCGUUGACGCUGAUAUAGUUGCUAGGGAUGUACUGAAGAAAGGUGCAGGUGGAUAUAAGAGGGUAGUUGCAGCGUUUGGAGAGGACAUAUUGCAAGCUAACGGGGAAGUUGAUAGGCCAAAACUGGGCCAGAUUGUGUUCUCCGACCCUGGGAAGCGCCAGCUUCUCAAUAGGCUUUUGGCUCCUUUUAUAUCCUCUGGCAUCUUUUGGGAAAUUAUAAAGUUGUGGUUGAAGGGUUGUAAGGUAAUUGUCCUAGACAUUCCUUUGUUGUUUGAAGCCAAGAUGGAUAAGUGGACAAAACCCAUUAUUGUUGUUUGGGUUGACACUGAAACUCAGCUUCGGCGACUCAUGGCAAGAGAUAGAAUCAAUGAGGAGGAUGCCAGAAACAGAACAAAUGCUCAGAUGGCCCUGGAUUUGAAAAGGUCCAAGGCUGACAUUGUCAUUGAUAACUCUGGCACCUUAGAAGACCUGGAGGAACAGUUUCAGAAGGUAUUAGUCCAGGUUACAAAGCCUUUGACGUGGACUGAAUUUUGGCUUUCAAGACAGGGAGCCUUCGCGGCUCUUGCGUCCAUUAUUAUCGGAGUUGUUGUUGGCAAAAAUGUUCUUAGCAAAUUAUAGUCGAAAUUCUUAAUUUCUAUUGCCUGACAUUUGCCAUGUGUUGCCCCCCUGAAAAAUAGAUUUGGUUUUGUUUAGAAAUAUAUUUAUAUAAUGGAGAUACGCACGGGUUAGUGCUUUUUAUCCUUAA